AUGGCCGGAAGUGGACAAUGUUUGACUAAAGUAGACUUCUCAGACCGGAUUUAUCACAUAAGACGGAUAACAACAAAAUAUCAAGAUGUCACUGUCACGUCCUUAUCGAGCGAGUCGGACAGUCGGGCAGACGGACGGAUAACAACAAAAUAUCAACAUGGCACUGUCACGUCCUUAUCGAGCGAGUCGGACAGUCGGGCAGACGGACGGAUAACAACAAAAUAUCAAGAUGUCACUGUCACGUCCUUAUCGAGCGAGUCGGACAGUCGGGCAGACGGACGGAUAACAACAAAAUAUCAAGAUGUCACUGUCACGUCCUUAUUGAGCGAGUCGGACAGUAGGGCAGACGGACGGAUAACAACAAAAUAUCAAGAUGUCACUGUCACGUCCUUAUCGAGCGAGUCGGACAGUCGGGCAGACGGACGGAUAACAACAAAAUAUCAACAUGGCACUGUCACGUCCUUAUCGAGCGAGUCGGACAGUCGGGCAGACGGACGGAUAACAACAAAAUAUCAAGAUGGCACUGUCACGUCCUUAUCGAGCGAGUCGGACAGUCGGGCAGACGGACGGAUAACAACAAAAUAUCAAGAUGGCACUGUCACGUCCUUAUCGAGCGAGUCGGACAGUCGGGCAGACGGACGGAUAACAACAAAAUAUAAAGGUGGCACUCUCACGUCCUUAAUAGUUUUACUUGCCUACCAAAAUACGCGUAUAUGA